AUGUUCCGUAAAAAUUACAAAUUUAAUAAUUUAAACGAUUCGUUGAUGCCGGUUUUGGUACUCAACUUGAUAUUUGGGCACCAAAUUAUGCCGCACACGAUGGGUGGUUGCAAAUUCAUACAGACAGUUUUUUAUUUUGUUCUCGUAAUUAUUAUUUACGGCGUAUCUAUGGGAUAUUCAACAGUAACUAUUGUCACUGCGGAAUGGUUUAAAUAUUCGGAAAGUGUAUACUUUGCAGCUCUUGGUGCUAAUAUUUUAAUAAUGCCUGUUAAUUUUAUUCUUGGCUGGGUCCAUAGGAAUGAAUUACUUUUAAUUAAUAUAAAAAGUCUGAAUGUCGAUAAAAAGCUCGUGAAAAUGGGAGUAAUUUUACACGAUAAAAAAGCAUGCAAUUUUGCAACCAAAAUUGUCAUUUACUGGUUAUUCUGUUAUGUGACAAUUAAUUCCGUUGCAAUGCUAUGGACUAUGAAAGCUAUGAGCUGGCAGAUGAAUUUUUUAACGGUUUAUUCUCUUCAAAACCCGCUCCAUGUUAAUUUUUUGGUGGAUUUGCUUUUUUGUUCACUGAUCCGAAAUAUGGAAAUCAGGUUCAAAAAAAUUAACGAACAGCUUAUCAAACUUGAAUACAAUUCGCAUGUCACAAACAUUCGAGUUGAUGAUAACAAGCCGGUUUAUAUUCUUCAACUAUCCAAAGAAAUUCAUUUGGAGUUAGAACAGCUAUGCGGUAAAAUAACGCGAAUAUUCGGGCUGCAAAUAAUAACGUCAAUGGCUUCUUUGUUUUUUUUGUUGACUACGAUGACUUAUAAUUUAUAUGUAACACUUCUUGCUCGUGAUGUCCCAGAUUGGGCUUCAAGAAUUUUUAUUCUCACAUGCUGGAUUGUAAUACAAUGUUCGAAAUUAUUGUUCAUCAAUCACAUUUGCUCUAGAACAGUAAAUGAGUGGAAAAAAACCGGAGUAAUAAUUCACCAAUUAGAAUCAAGGUUUGCAAAUGCCGAAAUUUGUAAAUGGAUUCAACAGCUUUCGAUACAAAUGAUACAAAAUCCAUUACAAAUUUACCCCUUAGGAUUUAUACAACUUGGACAUUCAUUUCUGCAAGAGUUUUUUGGAACACUUGCGACGUACCUGAUCAUUUCUAUCCAAAUGGCUCCUAUUGAUUGA